AAUUGGGAUUUUUAGGGAUAUGUCAUUUACGGAUAAAUGCAUAUAUUUGGUGAUGUAAAGUGUCACAUCAUUUUCAUAGAGACGUGUCGUUUUUACGCCGAUCAAGUUCUCACACAGGGUUAGAAUAAAGAUGUGAUUUAUGAAGGACGAAUUGGAAAGGAGUUUGAAAAAUUGCAACUCAACCUCCUUUACAUCACACAUCACAUCAAUUUGCCGCAAGAACACGGAACCGUUGCGAGGAGAAAGUCACAGCCCCAAUCAAGGAGUCAUGUAAAGAUAAACAUACAACAAUGUCAAUUCAACUUCUUCCUCCAUCGUCCGAUCCUGCUCAAUUGGACGAAAUGCCGUUUCCCACCAUGAAUCGUAGGAGUUUUUUACUCAAUCCAUCAAAUACGCCAAAAAAAGAUGGUAAACUCUCGCCAGCACAAUCAGAAAAAUCAUCACCUUCUGUAAAGACAGUUGUUGAAGCAGAUUCCUUAGGUCGCAAAUCAGCCAAAGGACUUCUUCCUCCGAUCUCAUCUUCCCAAAUUCCAUCUUUGCCACCUUCAACGCCCACACGAUCACUUUUACAUCGAAUUCAAAGAAGAUCUUCUACCAGUGCAGAAUCACUUACUUCUUCUAAUCAAUCAAGUGCCGGUAAAAAGACGAUCAGUAAAAUCCCAAAUCCUACAACCAGUACGCCUAUCCCGGUAAGAACGACGGGCAAGUCCUCCUCGACUACUUCAACGGUGAAAGGCGUUGCGUUGGCCGAAUCGAAAUUACCUCGACAAAGGAAAAGCCUUUCUUUGAUCAACAAGGGAAACACAUCACAGAAUGGGAAAUUGUUCGCAGGAAAGAUUGAACAAAAUCGCUUACCUUCUCAACUUGCAGUAAACAAGCCUCUUCAAGAUGACAGCAUCACAAAGCGUAGCUCAAGUAUAGGCGUGCCAAGAAUGAGCAAGGGACCUGCAGGAACGACGAACGCUCGUCGUCAUAGUGUCAUCAUACCUUCUGCGGCCAAAGCUGCUCCUUCCCAGAGCAAUGAAAGCAAUGUGUUCCUGGCAAAGUCAAGUCCACUUGCUUCUGCCCGAUCAGAAAACGGAAGUAUACCAUCCGUAGCUACAGAAGUGAGAAUCGAAACAGAAAGUCAAAAUACCGCUUCUUCCUUUGAGGCUGCAUUUGAAGAAAUCAAUGAUUUGAAAUCAGAUCCGUCAAAAUUACUACGAGACAUUUCUGAAAAUGGUGGGAAUGGAUUGACACGAAUGGCAGCACGUCAAUUGGAACAUGAAUUUUCAAGUCAAGAAAGAAUUUUAGAAGGUUUGCAACGUGAUAACGAACGUAAAACGAUUGAAACGGAAGACCUAAAGAGAAAGCUUGCUAGGAUUGAAGAAUCAUGUGCAAAGAUAUUUGGAAAAGAUACUUGGCGUGAUAUGGUUUUCCCAUCCUCACCAAGACCUUCAGCAGGAGCUUUUGAAAAGCAUGAAAGUAAUGGUACUACUACACAAGAAGAAAAGGAAGCUGGUACCGGAAAUGAUUCAGUUAUCGUUGUCGAAAACCUCUUGCGGACUCUGUCACCGCCUGGAGCCGAAUCAUGCAAUUCUCCUGUUUCUUCGAAAAAAGUAGCCGGAGCGAAAACAUCUACGCCAAAAAAACCUAUCAUCUUACAUACUCGUGAAAGUUCCUGCGUUGAAACGAUUACUGAUCGCACAAAUCGUCCUAAACGUUAUUCAUCCUCCAAUACAUCUUUGACAAUGGAAGACCCGAGCUAUCAUACUGCUUCAGAAGCUUCGACUUCAAGUUUCAAUAUACCUUCUGAUGAAAUUUCAACAAAUGGCGUUCAAAUGAUCACGGUUCGCAAAGAUCUUUUGAUGGCUCUCCUGCAAGCUCAAGAACAAUCCGAUAAAGCUCGAAAACAAUUCAUUGAUCAUCUCCGUUCCGAUCAGGAAUAGGUAAAGGGGGUAUCAAAAGAUCGAUUGAACAAAAGAAGCAUCGAUAGUACAGCAAGUGUGUAAUUAUAAAGGCAGAGCGCAUG